CCAGAAAAUUGGGCGGGGACCGGAAUGCGCCCGGGCUGCUGAGCCUCCUGACUCAGCUGCACGCUCAGAUUUCGGGUUCCUCUCGCGGGUCGGACGCGCGUAACUUCCUCACCCCCGCCUGGACCCUCUCUCCCCACCGAUCUGGCUUGACCCCCGGCUCCUCCAGGCCACUUGCGACACCCCUGGGCCCCCUCCCCGCCAUCUGUUCUGCCCCAGUUCGGGGUCAUCCGGGCCUGGCUGGGUGUUCCUCGGCGCUCUGGUUACGGGACGGGAGGCGGGGCUGAGGGAUUCUGGAUGAAGGACCAAAGCUGGAGAUGGAGGAUGAUGGCAACCCAUGAGAGCCUCUUCCCCUCCGGAGAUGACCUGGAUUCCAGUCAGUUACAGAUGGAGCCGGAUGAGGUGGACACUCUGAGGGAGGGAGAGGAUCCAGCUGACCGGAUGCACCCCUUCCUGGCUAUCUAUAGCCUUCAGCCUCUAAAAAUGCACCCCUUGGUGUUUGCCCCUGGGGUCCCUGUCACAGCCCAGGUGGUGGGCACUGAAAGAUAUACCAGUGGAUCCAAGGUGGGAACCUGCACGCUGUAUUCUGUCCGCUUGACUCAUGGUGACUUUACCUGGACAACCAAGAAGAAGUUCCGUCACUUUCAGGAGUUGCACCGGGACCUUCUAAGACACAAAGUCUUGAUGAGUCUGCUCCCAUUGGCUCGCUUUGCAGUUGCCUAUUCUCCAGACCAAGAGGCAGCCAACAGAGAAAUCCCUUCUCUCCCGAGAGCAGGUCCUGAAGGCUCCGCCAGACAUGCAUCCAGCAAACAGAAAUAUCUGGAGAAUUACCUCAAUCGUCUCCUGACCAUGUCUUUCUACCGAAACUAUCAUGCCAUGACAGAGUUCCUGGAAGUCAGUCAGCUGUCCUUUAUCCCAGACCUCGGCUCCAAAGGAUUGGAGGGGGUGAUCCGAAAGCGCUCAGGUGGACACCGUGUUCCUGGCUUAACCUGCUGUGGCAGAGACCAAGUUUGUUAUCGCUGGUCCAAGAGAUGGCUGGUGGUGAAGGAGUCCUUCCUGCUGUACAUGCGCCUUGAGACCGGUGUCAUCUCAUUUGUUCAGCUUUUCGACCCUGGCUUUGAGGUGCAGGUGGGGAAAAAGAGCACAGAGGCCCGAUAUGGGGUCCGAAUUGACACCUCCCACAGGUCCCUGAUUAUCAAGUGCAGCAGCUACCGGCAGGCUCGGUGGUGGGGCCAGGAGAUCACUGAACUGGCCCAGGGCCCAGGCAGAGACUUCUUACAGCUACAUCGAUACGACAGCUAUGCACCACCCCGGCCUGGGACCUUGGCCCGGUGGUUUGUGAAUGGGGCAGGUUACUUUGCUGCUGUGGCAGAUGCCAUCCUGCGAGCCCAAGAGGAGAUUUUCAUCACAGACUGGUGGUUGAGCCCUGAGGUUUACCUGAAACGUCCUGCCCAUUCAGAUGACUGGAGACUGGACAUUAUGCUCAAGAAGAAGGCGGAGGAGGGUGUCCGCGUGUCUGUACUGCUGUUUAAGGAAGUGGAGUUGGCCUUGGGCAUCAACAGUGGCUACAGCAAGAGGACUCUGAUGCUGCUGCACCCCAACAUAAAGGUGAUGCGCCACCCAGACCAGGUAACAUUAUGGGCCCAUCACGAGAAGCUCCUGGUGGUGGAUCAAGUGGUGGCCUUCUUAGGGGGGCUGGACCUCGCCUAUGGCCGCUGGGAUGACCUGCACUAUCGACUGACUGAUCUUCAGGAGUCCUCUGAAUCAGCUGCUCCACAGCCGCCCAUCUCGUGCUCAGACUCUCACAGUACCCCAGACCUCUCUAACAACCAACUCUUCUGGCUGGGCAAGGACUACAGUAAUCUCAUCACUAAGGACUGGGUGCAACUGGACCGACCUUUUGAAGGGAGACCAUGCACCGGAUGCCGUGGCGGGACAUUGGGGUGGUUGUUCAUGGCCCAGCAGCCCGGGACCUGGCCAGGCACUUCAUCCAGCGCUGGAAUUUCACCAAGGUGCUCACUCCCUCUUGUGGGAGCUCAAGGUUGGGAAGGAGCCAAAGGCAGCUUGUCACCUCCCAAUGACUCUUCCAUCCUUCCACUUCAGACUACCAAAGCUAAGUACAAGAUACCCAUGUACCCCUACAUGCUGCCUAAGUCCACCAACACUGCAAACCAGCUCCCCUUCAUGCUCCCUGGGGGGCAAUGUGCCACUGUACAGGUCUUGAGGUCAGUGGACCGCUGGUCAGCAGGCACUUUGGAGAGCUCCAUCCUCAAUGCCUACCUGCAUACCAUCAGGGAGAGCCAGCACUUCCUCUACAUUGAGAAUCAGUUCUUCAUCAGCUGCUCAGAUGGGAGGACGGUUCUGAAUAAGGUGGGCGAUGAGAUUGUGGACAGAAUCCUGAAGGCCCACAAACAGGGUCAGUGCUUCCGAGUCUAUGUGCUUUUGCCCCUGCUCCCCGGCUUUGAGGGUGACAUCUCCACAGGCGGUGGCAAUGCCAUCCAGGCCAUUCUGCACUUCACAUACAGGACCCUGUGUCGUGGGGAGUAUUCAAUCUUACAUCGCCUCAAAGCAGCCAUGGGGACGGCGUGGCGGGACUACAUAUCCAUCUGUGGUCUUCGCACACACGGAGAACUGGACAGUCACCCAAUCUCCGAACUCAUCUAUAUCCACAGCAAGAUGCUCAUUGCAGAUGACCGGACAGUCAUCAUUGGCUCCGCAAAUAUCAAUGACCGGAGCUUGCUGGGGAAGCGGGACAGUGAGCUGGCUGUGCUGAUCGAGGACACAGAGAUGGAGCCAUCCCUCAUGGACGGUGUGGAGUAUCAGGCGGGCAGGUUUGCCUUGAGUUUGCGGAAACAUUGCUUCAGUGUGAUUCUUGGGGCCGAUGCCCGGCCAGAUCUGGAUCUCCGAGACCCUGUCUGUGAUGACUUCUUCCAGUUGUGGCAAGACACAGCUGAGAGCAAUGCCAAUAUCUAUGAGCAGAUCUUCCGCUGCCUGCCAUCCAAUGCCACACGCUCUCUGCGGACACUCCGGGAGUACGUGGCCGUGGAACCCCUUGCCACAGUCAGCCCUUCCAUGGCUCGGGCUGAGCUCACACAGGUCCAGGGCCACCUGGUCCACUUCCCCCUCAAGUUCCUGGAAGACGAGUCUUUGCUGCCCCCAUUGGGUAGCAAAGAAGGUGUGAUGCCCCUGGAAGUGUGGACAUAGCUGCAGUGCCAGUCCAGGAGAGGUCACCAGCCAGUGGCAUCCAUCAAGUCUGACUCCCUGCCUCCAGCCCUGAAGAUUGAGAGCAGUGCCUUUGAGACCUGCAGGAGGCAGGCAUCCCUGAAAGGCAUGAGAGAAGUUGCAGAGGACUCUUUCUCGAGAUAUAGCCAAAGAUGGCACCCAACUUUGGGCUGGGGAGGCAGGAUGGUCCCGAGAAGUUCAUUCUCCCAGCUGCUCAGUUCAAGCCACUACUAACAGGAGAUGCUUAGUUCCUGCCUGGAUGCCUGGGGUCAAGACUCUGAUUCCAGGAAGAAUGAGUUCUGCCCUGUGCCUUCCCAUCCCCCUCCCUCUUCCUGCCUUUGAGCCCUGUUCUGCCCCCAGAACUGGGAGCCUCUCCCAGGCCAUUACUAUGAAAGUGGAAGGAAGGACUAAGCCACGCCUGGCUUCAGCCCCCACAGUUGGGAGGCUUAGUAGUGGUGGAUG